AUGGACCCCACAGAAAACGACGUGGAAGUCUCUGAUGACGACCUCAUGGCUCAGAUGGGCUUCUCAUCCUUCGGCGCUGCAUCACCACCUUCCAAGCGCCGUCGAUACAAUCCAAAUGCAGAUGCUCUGCUGCCGUCCAAGUCAUCUGCUACCGGCGCCAACUCUACAGCUCUAGGAACCGGCUCAAACAAAGAUGAGAUUUCACUGGACGACGACCAUAACGAAGGAGAUGCCAAUCCAGAACAGAAAGUGCCAGCGCAAGCGCGCCCGGCUAGCCUACCCCAGAGACCUGCUCCGGCGCAAGCCACACCUCAAGGCCAGCACCCAGGCGCACAUGGGGCCAGGGGUAACAAGUUCACCGGAUACUACGACCGCCUGUCCAACGAGAACCCCUGGGAAAAGAUCGAGAAGGCCCGGGGCUUGACGACAAGGGGAACGUGGAUCACUCCAAAUGCUGGGAACGCUGCGACCACAGGUGAUGCUCCUGCCUGA